CUGCUCCGGGUUCCGUGUGUCUAUGUCAAUGUGUCUGUCCUUCACUCCUCCAUUGUCUGCCGCCGCUUCUGCUACUGCUGCUACUGCUGCUACUGCCGCUGCACGAAUCGCCGCAGCCCCCAGCCUUGCGCGUCGUCGCAACCUCCUCUGACAGAAAUUUUAUGAAUAAGCAUCAGAAGCCAGUGCUAACAGGCCAGAGGUUCAAAACUCGGAAAAGGGAUGAAAAAGAGAAAUUCGAACCCACAGUUUUCAGGGAUACACUUGUCCAGGGGCUUAACGAAGCUGGUGAUGACCUCGAAGCUGUAGCCAAGUUCCUGGACUCCACAGGCUCAAGAUUAGAUUAUCGUCGCUAUGCGGACACGCUCUUCGAUAUUUUGGUGGCGGGCAGUAUGCUUGCCCCUGGAGGAACACGCAUAGAUGAUGGUGACAAGACCAAGAAGACCAACCACUGUGUGUUUUCAGCAAAUGAAGAUCAUGAAACCAUCAGAAACUACGCUCAGGUCUUCAAUAAACUCAUCAGGAGAUAUAAAUAUUUGGAAAAGGCAUUUGAAGAUGAAAUGAAAAAGCUUCUCCUCUUCCUUAAAGCCUUUUCCGAAACAGAGCAGACAAAGUUGGCAAUGCUGUCGGGGAUCCUGCUGGGUAACGGCACCCUGCCUGCCACCAUCCUCACCAGCCUCUUCACAGACAGCUUAGUCAAAGAAGGCAUUGCAGCCUCCUUUGCUGUCAAGCUUUUUAAAGCAUGGAUGGCAGAAAAAGAUGCCAACUCUGUUACCUCGUCUUUGAGAAAAGCUAACUUAGACAAGAGACUGCUUGAACUCUUUCCAGUUAACAGACAGAGUGUGGAUCAUUUUGCUAAAUACUUCACUGACGCAGGUCUAAAGGAGCUUUCCGACUUUCUCCGAGUCCAACAGUCCCUGGGUACCAGGAAGGAACUGCAGAAGGAGCUCCAAGAGCGUCUCUCUCAGGAAUGUCCGAUCAAGGAGGUGGUGCUUUAUGUCAAAGAAGAAAUGAAGAGGAACGAUCUUCCCGAAACAGCAGUUAUCGGGCUUCUGUGGACCUGUAUAAUGAAUGCCGUUGAGUGGAACAAGAAAGAAGAGCUCGUGGCAGAGCAGGCUCUCAAGCACCUGAAGCAAUAUGCUCCCCUACUGGCUGUGUUCAGCUCCCAAGCUGAUGUUCUGAGUGAAGAAGCAAUACUGAAAUGGUACAAAGAAGCACAUGUUGCUAAGGGCAAAAGUGUUUUUCUUGACCAGAUGAAGAAAUUUGUUGAGUGGUUACAAAAUGCAGAAGAAGAAUCUGAAUCAGAAGGUGAAGAAAAUUAAGUAGCUCAGCGAGCACAAUACCUGGGAUACCACACAACACUUCUUGACUGGGAACGCUGAACCAUUUGGGAAGAGCAACUUGGCUUCUGUUUUCACAAAGGAAAAAAAAUAGGCUAGGCUUCCCUUGUGCAUAGGGGAAAAUGGUUUUUGUUUUUGUUUUGUUUUUAAAUGGAGCCCUGAGGCAUCAGCUGUUAUACUUGGGACUCUACCUCUCACUCACAAUAUGCUGAUCUAAAGCCAUUCAACAAGGAGUCAAGUAGGAAUCUGAAAUUAAAUAGUCAACGGACUCCUCUUUUUUAGCUGUAUUUUUCAGGUACUAUGUGGUGAACGCCCCACUGGUGUCUGUUUACAGGGCCACUUUGGUAGUUGUGUAUCUGCUCGUGUAUGUGAUUUGACAAACCAGUUUUUUAAAAUAAAUGGCUUUUUAAAAAUCUGG